AUGUUAGCACAGCUUAGUUUCCCAGUAUUAUCACUUCCCAGAUUUUGUAGUAUAUUUAAGAAACAACCAUCAUUACCCAUGUUUCUACAACAAUCCAACAAUAUGACUCAACGUGAAAAAUUUAAUGAACUAAAUGAAUUAGAAGCAGAUAGAAUCCAUGAUGGAUUAGAAAAUCCCCAAGAUUCUGAUUGGUCACUUACAGAAGCGAUGAAACGAAUUAAUAGAAAUAGAAAUCGAUAUUCGAAUGUCUUUCCUUGGGACCAAACACGGGUGAAACUACCUGUUAAAGAUACCGAAAUCCAUUCAGAUUAUAUAAACGCGUCAAGAGUACGAUUAGGAUUGCAUGUAGAUGAUAAGGAAAUAGAGGAACAGAUUGAUGAUAAUUCUAUACAAUAUAUUGCAUGUCAGGGCCCAUUACCGAAUACAACCAAUCAUUUCUGGUCUAUGUGUUUCAACCUUAGUGUUGAUGUUUUGUUGCUACAACAGCACUAA